GCAUCCACUGCCGGUCAAAAGUGUUGUUGCAUGUGACUGCUGCCGUAUUGUUGUUAUUGUUUUGUUAUGGUUUUUCAACCUGUACCGUAAAUAUGCAGUGAAAACGCGAAUCGGUCGUCCGGUGUGGUAUAUCUUUAACGGGAAAAAGCAAUUGAUAAGACAGUCCAGCACCAGCAGCAGCUUCCAGUGGUUCAACUGAUUUACGUUACCACACUCGGCCCAUUGUCGUGUGUCGGUCAGUCUAGAUCAGUGUGCUCAACAUUCAUCAUCGUUCGCUUCAUGUGGUGCGUGUGCGUAAAGAAACGGACCGUCUUGGUGCGGUAGCGCAAGAAAUACCCCGCUCCCCCCCCCGUUAACAAUAAAAAAGUGAAACAACCGUGCACGAUAAGAACGCAGCAAGUGUUAUUUUGUCUGCUUAUUGUCCGCGAAAGCGUUCAGCAAAAAAAACACACGUUGUCGUUAACUGUGUGUUGUAUGUGUGUGAAAUAUUUUUUUUAAAGGGCCGUCUUCUCAAUGGUCAAAAGAUUCUUCGUUUCGUGAGGUGGCCACUACAGUGGUGGCCCCCGGCAACAUUGCACCAAGCAAUUUAAAGUGCAGCUUCCCCAAAACAGAAUCCGUCGCCCUGCGUUUCAGAUAUAUAUCUGCAUCCAACGCAACGGCCACGUCUGUGAGUGUGCGAGAGUCCAAAGAGUGGCCGAUUUAGUACAUAUAAAUUAGCCCGCAUUAAUCACAUCGAUCGAUACAUUCCGAACAUUUGCUGAACACACAGUGCUGCUGUCCCAAGUGUUGUUGUGUGGUGUGAAUUGGGUAUGCAAACAAUGGCACUGAAACUACCGGAGAUGUCGUCCUAGUGAAUGGUUUUUAACUUUUGGUUGCGUAUCUUUUGCGUGCCAUUUGUGGUAUUAUUCGCGUGAUGUGUUGUUUUUUCGUUGUUUUUCGUUGUUGUUGAAUCUUAACUUGUUUUCUUAAGUUGAAUCCGUAUUGUGUCUCUUUUGUUCUACAACGUGCGUGUGCGUGUGUGCAUGUCUCGCGAAGUGGUCUCCGUGAAUCUUUGAUUUGAAUUGUGCUACAACAGAGUAAUACGGUACAAUACGAAGCCGUGUGUACGUGUUUAUUUCGCUCAACCCUCUCGCCGUGUACAGUAGCCAAAGUAGCAGAAGCAACAAAAAAAAGUAAAUAAAAAACCACCAGAAUUAGUGGUUCCAUCUUUUUCUCCCCCGCCCCAAACCCGUGUAUACGCGCGCGCAUCGGUACAGCACGCAACGCACACCCGACGACGAUGAUGAUGGCUAGGUCGGGAAGAUGGGAAAUGUUAAAAAUAAUUGCACACCUUACGAUAAUCCUACUGUCCGGUGACACCUGGCGUACGGUAGAGAGUAGGUCAGCGAGCGACCAGAAACCGGGGCAUGCAUCCCCGGAUAUGCAACCCCAGGAUGCCGCCGAUAUCCCUCGUGUCGAGUUUGCCUCUGCAGUGACUGAUAUCGGAGACAAACUGUUGCUCACUACCGAGGGCAAUGGCCGCUCGUUUAUCGUCGAUCGUCACCGGAUGGAGUGUCACGAGCAGGUACACGUGUACGAAACGUUACUUCCGCUGAAACAAACGACCACGGUGAAGGAUGACGAGGAGUACCGGAAAAGUGCCAGGAUCGUAUGCUGGUCUGUCCAGGGAUCACCGGUGAUGAUCGUCCUGAAGGAUGAGGCUGCGAAGCAAAUUAAUCCUGGAAAAGAUUGGACACACAACUUUAUGAGGCGGUACAGGCGCAACGUUCAUGGGGAUAGUGGGACGAACAGCAUAAAUACACUCAACGCCGAACGGAGCGGGACAAACGAUGAAGAUGUACUUCGCAUCGAGGGGUUUCGGAUCGAACAGGCAGAAGUAACGCCCGAAAUGGGGGAGAAUGGUGUAACGUCUGUGCGCGUGAAUUCACCAGUAACUUUGCGCCUGUUUGGAACGGGCAUAAAGUCUAACACCGUCCUCAUAUUCACGCACGAACCAUCCCGGUACCGUGGCUCAUGUCAGGUGCCGGUCACGGAAAAGUUUCGUGUACUGAAUGUGGAGGAUAGUGGCAGAAGUGCGCUGGUGGAGAUCGAGCUUCCGGAGGUGAUCAAGAACAAGAAGUACUUUUACAUAUGCGCCAAGUACGAAAGCACCGAUCCGCUCGAAGGAUCGGAAGAGAACGAAAAGGAAGCUACCAAGGAUACACCAUUCCUGCAUCAAGGAAUAGAUUCGUGGAUGCGUUUGACCUCCAACAAACCAGUAUUACCACUGUGGGUGUCGAUUAUUAUCAUUUGCGUUUGUCUCAUGUUUUCGGCACUCUUCUCCGGCCUCAAUCUAGGACUAAUGUCUUUGGAUCGAACUGAUUUACAGAUCCUGUGCAAUACGGGCAGCGAUAAGGAGAAGCAAUAUGCGCAUGCGAUCAAACCGGUGCGCGAUAUGGGUAACUAUUUGCUGUGCAGCAUUCUGCUCGGCAACGUGCUAGUCAACUCAACAUUUACCAUCCUGCUGGACAGUCUCACGUCUGGGCUGUUUGCCAUCGUUGGUUCUACAGUUGCAAUUGUGAUCUUUGGCGAGAUCACUCCACAGGCGAUCUGUUCGCGACAUGGUCUCGCCGUUGGUGCCAGAACCAUCUUGAUCACGAAGGCGGUAAUGGUACUUACUUUCCCACUGUCGUAUCCUACCUCGAAGAUACUCGACUUUCUUUUGGGCAAGGAAAUUGGUAAUUACUACGAUCGCGAACGUCUGAAGGAGCUGGUUAAGGUUACCAAUGAUGUUAACGAUUUGGAUAAAGAUGAAGUGAACGUCAUUGCCGGUGUGCUCGAGCUGCGCAAGAAAACGGUACAGCAAGUGAUGACGCGUCUUGAAGAUGCGUACAUGCUUCCCAUUGAUGGUAUAUUAGAUUUUGAAAAAAUCGCCGAAAUCAUGCAGUCAGGUUAUUCGCGUAUUCCCGUGUAUGAUGGGGAAGAUCGUGAAGAAAUUAUUUCGAUUUUGCACAGCAAAGAUUUAGCUUUCAUCGAUCCGGAUGAUAACACACCGGUCCGUCGGAUGUGUGAGUUUUACAUGAAUCGGUUACAUUUCGUGUUCUUCGACCAGACGCUAGAUGUGAUGUUUAAGGAGUUCAAGACCGGCACCUUUGGCCAUAUGGCAUUCGUGCAUCGGGUAAAUGCGGACGGUGAUGGUGAUCCGUUCUACGAAACGCUCGGUCUCAUCACGAUGGAGGACGUGCUUGAGGAGCUGAUACAGGCGGAAAUUAUCGACGAAACGGACGUCUACACGGACAACAGAAGCAAGAUACGACGCAAGUGUAUCAAACGAUCGGACAUCCCCACGUUCGUACAUCGUUCCCUUGAUACGGACGUACAGCGUUUGCGUAUUGGGCCGCAGCUAAUGUUCGCUACGUAUCAGUACAUAUCAACUGCUGUAACAGCGUUUAAACGCAACGUAAUGUCGGAAACGAUCUUGAGGCGUUUGUUGAAUCAAAAUAUUUACCAUCAAAUCAAGAUCAAGAGCAAAGAUCGGAAAGAUCGCGUUGAUAUCAUCAACCGUGGUACUUCGAUCGACUAUUUCGUGCUGAUACUGGAGGGACGCGUAGAGGUAACCGUCGGUAAGGAGAAUCUGCUGUUCGAGAGUGGACCUUUCACACACUUUGGACUGCAAGCGAUUGUACAAAACACUAGCAACGAACAACCGAUCAAUACUCCGCAGCAAAUAUUGGGUUCACUAGAGUCGAUCAAUCGGGAUGCUAGUACGCGAAUCAAUUUCACCCCAGACUACACGGUCAAGGCGAUCUCCGAUGUGCUGUACAUGCAGAUUUCACGUGUUCUCUAUGUGGCGGCCAAGCGAGCCACGUUGAUGGAACGCUCGCAGAAACUGGGUGAUCAAUCGAUGGAUCCGAUCGAUCCGGAGGUGGAACAGCUCAUGCACUCGCUAGAUAAAGGUGAUCAGAACAGUUUAACGCCCGAUGCUACGAACCUGACCGUCAAUUCCGGUGCGCAGGCUAGCAAAUCGUCCAGCGAUGUAGCCUCCCCGACCACGGCUUUAAAUGAACAUCGAUCAGCUAUACAAAAGACACGGGAAUUGUCGUUGGGAACCCCGAGUCGGAUCCCAGCAGUGUGCCACUGUUGCCAAAGCCAUAACCCACGGUGUACCUCAUUGUGCUGUACUACCCAACCGUGUACAGUACCGUCAGCACAUCCGCCCAUGCAUGAACUUCAUCAUCACCACCAACACGACCAGAAUCACUGUCAGACCGAUAGGAGUUUAUCGUCCGACUGUUGGAUGACGUGCUAGCUUACACGUACUGUGUGCCGUGCUCGUGUGCGUGAUCUCCAAUUUACUUCCACUUUCACUUGGAUCCCUUAUUAUUACAUCUUGUUCUUAUAUUUACUAUUAUCAAAAUGUUACCUAGAGUUUACCAGGGUUUGUGCUAAUAGCAAUCGAGUCGAGCAUUUUGUUUUAAACAUAAUAUAUAUAUAUAUACAGAUAAAUGCACAAAGCACGUGCAGAAUAAUGAUACAUGAUAGAUGCUAGUGAGAUUUGUUAAUGUUGGUGUAAUUGUUGUUUGCGUCGAGUGUAGAUUAUUAUGGUAAAUAUUAUUUUUCGGCUGACGUUGGGGACGCGCUGAACGCCCUAACGCCACCAUGACGGAGAAAGACUUACGUAAUAGCUGCGAAUCCUUCACAGGAUUGGACAUGCUGCUGUAACACGGUAGUGGUACCAUUCGAAGUAAUCGUUAGAGCCUUUGCAAUCAAUUCCUUCACAAUGAUAAUCUACACCUGAGCGUACAAAGGAGCGUACCUGUUCUUCCCCUGUCUCGAUAAAGGGAACAGGGACACGCGAAAUAGUAUCGCGCAUAAGCGUAAAAUCGACCAGGCAAGCGACUAUAGCGAGAAGCAAAACGAAACAAAACAACAACAAAAAAAACGAAUGGUUCAGGAAGAGAAGCCAAAAGCACCGUGUGCUAUAUUUAUCCUAGGACGAGCAUUCAUGCGUGAUGUACUUACGAUAGGCAUGGGCAUGUAACGCGUUGUUUUGUCUGUAGCAAUGUAACCCAAAAAGUGAAACCAAAACGUAAUUCAAGCUCGUGCAUAGCAAUAAUGCGUAUAGCGAAUGUAUGAUAAUACGAGAUUGGACGGAACCUGAUGUAGCAAGUGAUGAUCGUGAAUGAAAAGUAGUAGAGAUGCUGAACGAAAGCAAAAAAAAACAAACAAACGGAACUAGAGUUAGCUAAAAUGACAACGAUUAGGGGAACAAAGGUAUCGCCAAUAGUGGCGUAGUGCACCGAUGCAGCAUCCACGAGUGGCACGAGUGGUUUUGUUUUAGUUGUAUCAUUAAACUUUGUUUAUUGUGUUUUUUGUCGAUUGGUAGAAAACAAGUGUAUCAAACAACAACACCGAGAAGGAAAAAAACCCUUUAUGAUAAGAGAAUGAGUAUGUGCGAACUCCCCAUACUCUGGCAACUGUAUGAGAGGAACCAGUAAGCUGUAGUAGAUGCAUUCGUUUGCAAACGGGCGAAGCGGAUUUCGCAAACAAUUAUUUUUCACACUUCUCGUAGAUGAAAACGAAUACCGCAGAGAAUAUAUAGGUGCGCCUUUCUAUGUAUUAGAA